GUAAUCGCGAGUGCCCCGCCGUCACCGCUGCCGUUGCCGCCGCCGCUGGCUCGUCGUCGUCGAUUCUCAACAUACGAGGAACGCACUACGCGGCAAGAACUGUGACGUGCCAAUUAAUAUGAGUUUUACUACACCCGACGGGAGAUCCUGACUGUUCUCUUGUGUCGUCGUCUCCUGGCAUUCCACCAUCGCAACGACUACGCUAAAUUGUUACCGGUGAGGAGUACAAACUCAGCACAGAUGCGAUUUCCCUUUUUGACCAGCGCGUUCUCGGCAGAGUGAGUUUAAUUGAAGCGUAAUUAACAAAGUUCGCUACAGACGGUUACCAGUUCGUUAAACUAUGGCAGAAGGGAAUGGGGAGAUAAAAAUGGAAGAAAAACAGUCGAAGGAGGAAAUGGAAUAUGUGGAACGGACAGAGGACUUUAACAAACUCAUGCAAUAUGGGCUGGAUGAAAAAGUGGCUGCCAAACUGGAUGAGAUCUAUAAGACAGGAAAAUUGGCUCACGUCGACUUGGAUGAGAGAGCUCUCGACGCUCUAAAAGAAUUUCCAGUUGACGGCGCAUUAAAUGUACUCACGCAAUUUCUAGAAUCCAAUCUGGAACAUGUAUCUAACAAAUCCGCAUAUCUUUGUGGAGUGAUGAAGACAUACCGACAGAAGAGUCGUGCCGGUCAAGGUACGGGCACCAGUACGACACCAAAAGCCCCGGAUGAGGACAAAAUCAAGAUGAUCUUAGAGAGAACAGGAUAUCCUUUGGAUGUAACUACCGGACAAAGAAAAUACGGUGGUCCUCCUCCAAAUUGGGAGGGUCCUACGCCUGGAACUGGUUGUGAGGUAUUUUGUGGCAAAAUCCCAAAAGACAUGUACGAAGACGAAUUAAUUCCAUUAUUUGAGAAAUGCGGAAAAAUUUGGGACUUGAGACUGAUGAUGGACCCUAUGUCAGGUUCCAACAGAGGAUACGCAUUUAUCACAUUUACUAAUAGGGAAGCUGCGCAGCAAGCUGUCCGAGAGCUGAAUGAUUAUGAGAUUCGGAAAGGGAAAAAGAUUGGUGUUACCGUAUCUUAUAACAAUCACCGCUUGUUUGUGGGAAAUAUUCCAAAGAAUCGAGACCGAGAUGACUUGUUCGAAGAGUUUACAAAGCACGCACCUGGCCUGACUGAGGUGAUUAUCUACAGCUCACCGGAUGACAAAAAGAAGAAUAGAGGUUUUUGCUUUUUGGAGUAUGAAUCUCACAAAGCAGCUUCCUUAGCCAAACGAAGAUUGAGCACUGGACGUAUCAAGGUUUGGGGAUGUGAUAUUAUUGUUGACUGGGCCGACCCUCAAGAGGAACCGGAUGAACAAACCAUGUCCAAAGUGCGUGUACUUUAUGUGCGGAAUUUGACGCAAGAUUGCUCGGAAGAGAAGCUAAAGGAAAGCUUUGAGCAAUAUGGAAAGAUCGAACGAGUGAAGAAAAUCAAGGAUUACGCUUUUAUACAUUUUGAAGAUAGAGAUAACGCUGUUAGGGCAAUGAACGAACUGAACGGAAAGGAAAUGGGUGGAUCCCAUAUAGAAGUUUCAUUGGCAAAACCACCGUCUGACAAGAAAAAGAAAGAAGAGAUGCUGCGCGCUAGGGAAAGACGAAUGAUGCAAAUGUUACAGGGUAGAGGCGGUGGAUCUCCAUCUCACCCAAGCAUGAUGGGAGGACCAAUGCCAGUUCGCGGACCUGCACAAGGACCUCGAGGUACCGGCGCAGGUAUGCGUGGACAGAUGGGACGUGGCGAUUACGAUUAUGAUUACGACUAUUACGGUUAUGGGGAUUAUCGAGGUGGCUACAGUGAUCCCUAUUACGAUGACUAUUAUCGAUACGAAGAUUACUAUUUCGAUUAUGCGCCGCCUCCGCCGCCUGCCAGAGGGAGGGGCAGGCAGCCUCAACCGGCUGGUCGUGGCCGUGGAGUAGUGCCACGUGGCCGAAUCGGUGGCCCGCAAGCCCGUGGGCCAGUCAGGGGGGGACGCAACCCCGCAGCUUCAGGGGCCCGUGGGGUCCAGCGACUGGCCGCUCGUGGGGGGGUCCGCGCCAAGGGAAGUUUACCAGGUGAGGAUGCAGGUAAACGAAAAUUUGACGGGGGUCACCAGAACCAGGGGGAAUCUAAGCGUCGCUUCCAGAGCAACUGGGGAAACCAGCCCCUCGCCCAACAACCACUGGGCAAUGCGUACGGAUUGGCGAGUGUGAAUGGUGGCAGUGGUGGUGGUGGCGGUGACAUAGGAUUCGGAGGCAGAGCCGCCGCGCUAGGCGGUGUUUCCGGCGACGAUCACGAAUGGUAUCAAGACUCCUACCAAUCGUGGAGCUAACUUCUACAAGCCUGUGAGUGAUAAAAAAAAAGAAAAAAGAAAAAAUGCGCACGCACGAACAAAUGCAUGAUAGACAAAGCGGACAAAACGAGUAGACACACGAACAUAAUGAGAAUCACGGGAGAAAAAAUGGGAAACAACAUCAGAUUGACGGAACACGGAAGAGGAGAGAGAGAGAGAGAGAGAGAGAGAGAGAGAGGAGAAGAAGGUCAUCCAUUUGUAUUAUUGCUCUAAUAUCGAUUUGAAAUAAUUGUAAAUGUUUUUUCAUACUAAAUACGCAGCAACUGUGCUCUGCGCCACCACCAUCGUCCGCUGUUGUUGUGAUUAUGUACAGUGAUGUGCCACUGAGACUAAUUAUUACAUCGGAGUGUGACCACCCACCCACCCCGCGUACUAUUAUUAUUAUAUUAUGAUAAUACUAAUCUAAGUAACCACUACUGCAUUGUCACAUUGUUUACUGCCAAGUGAUGAAGAUCAGCGAUGUUGACAUAGGGAUUGUGAUGGCUUGUAUUAAUUAAGAGAACUCAUGGAAGCCUGCGGUUUAUUAUGCGAUGAUUAGAUUUUUUGAAUCUAAGUGACGAAGCGUGUGUGUUAGAUAGGCUGAGGGGCAAAGUAGUGUGGGGGGGGGGAGGGGAAAUGGAAAGGUCAUAUAACGGAGAUAGAUAGAUGAAAUAGGAGAGAAACGUGUCGAAGUGAGAGACAGGAAAGAUCAACUUGGAAUAAGUGUGUGUGAUAUAGGUGUGCGCAUAGGCAAGCAGAUGGCAAGGGCGAGAAUGCGAAUAUGGUAAGCAUGCGAGAAGGAUGACCGUCAAAGAGAUCAUAGUUGCGAGAGGCAGAGAACGAGGGAGGAAGAGAAAGAGAGAGAGAGAGGGGGAGAGAGCGAGAGAGAGAGAGAGAGAGAGAGAGAGAGAGAGAGAGAGAGAGAGAGAGAUUGUCCUUAAGCGGAAUGUGUCUGUGUGUGUAUGUGUGCGUGGAGCGCUCCAAGCGCCGCUAGACCUUCUAUUGUUGGUCUAUAAACGUGUACAGUCAGUGAAACUAUUAUUAUUAAGGGUCAGGCAAGUUUUGCGAAAGUAAGAAAGUGAAACGUUGCAGGCAAGCCAAUGGCUCUGCGGGUGUCUCCCAGACUAGUUCGGUUACGGUCAUGGUAUCGAGGGAACUAUUGGAUAAGAAAAAGGUGAAAAAGGUGGGAAAAAAUAAGUAUUGCUCACGAUCGUGAAGAAAUCCACUUGUACAGUAAAUUUUUCAAUGACAGUAUCCAAGUAGCAGGGCAAACUCGGAUCUAAAUCGUAUUAUAUUUAUUUGUUGACGUGUUUCUUUUUUAUGAUUGACAA